AUGGCUUCCGAGAGAAUCCCUAUCAAAGCAGUGUUCUUCGACUUUAUGGGCACAUGUCUCGACUGGCACACCAGCGCAUGUGCAUCAAUGCCUCCCACAAUUUCCAAAGACGACGCAUCCAAGCUAGCCCUGGAAUGGCGGAGACAAUAUUUUAUCGAGAAUACUGAGCGCUUUCUACAAGGCCUUGAGCCCGAAGAUAUUGAUAUCACUCUUUCCCGAGUCCUUGAUCGAGUACUAGAGCAGACCCCAAAACUCAAGCCUUACAUCGAGACUCAUGAUAAGCGACAUAUGAUCGCGGCCUGGCAUUGUCAGUCCGCCUGGCCGGAAGUCCCAGAGGCUAUUAGGAGCAUCCGGGAAGAUCUGGAUCUCGAGGUCUUUGUCCAUGCAAAUGGUACAACUCGUCUGCAGCUUGAUCUUACCCAUUCUUCUGAACUGAGCUUCAACAUGCUGUUUUCGAGUCAGUUGCUAGGGGUCUACAAACCCAGCCCGGAGGCGUACAAGAAAGCGUUGCAAUUUGUCAAGCUCCAGCCAGAGGAGGUCGUGUUAGUCGCAGCCCAUGCAUAUGAUCUCCGAGGAGCACAGAGCGUUGGAAUUAAGACAAUAUAUGUCCACCGGUGGACUGAUGAUAUUGAUGAGAACAUGGACGAGGUGAAGGGGGAGUUUGACGUUUUCUUAGAGGAUAUGAAAGGGCUUCCGAGUACCAUUUCGGGAAUGAUGUAA